CCGAGAAUGGAUUAAUUACUGUGCCACUUAGUUUCAGCGAAAUAAGAUUUUUUACAUGUUAUUUCGUGCGAAUCAUUCACAGAUUCGCACCAUUUACAGAACUAGCGUGAAAAUGUGGGUACAAUAAGGGAUUUGGCCGCCGUAAACACGCUUCCGAUCGAGUGCUACAAUUUUCGUUAAUUCUGCCACGGCGGCAAGCACUCCCCCUUAGUAAAUUGUAAAUAAUUGUAAAUUAAGCACCAGACAACGAAGCGCCGGCACGAAAGGAUGCUUUACUUGGAAGAUUAUGUCGAAAUGAUCGAGCAUCUACCACAAGAAUUAAGAGACCGGUUCACAGAAAUGAGAGAAAUGGACUUAGGUGUACAAAAUUCAAUGGACAGUUUAGAAAAAAAAGUAAAGACUUUCUUUUCGAACGCGAAAAAAAUGAAACCUAGUGAAAAAGAAGCGGAAUAUGAAGCCAUUAGAAAAGAGUAUUAUAAGACUUUGGAGGAUGCAGAUGAGAAGGUGCACUUAGCUAAUCAGAUGUAUGAAUUAGUAGAUAAAUAUUUAAGGAGAUUAGAUCAGGAGCUGCACAAAUUUAAAAUGGAGUUAGAAGCAGAUAAUAAAGGUAUCACCGAAGUAUUGGAGAAGAGGUCAUUGGAACUAGACCAACCACCUACGAAUAGUAGUCAAAAAGAAAAUCGGUAUAGUUUCACAUCAUCCAGUAGAUCACGAGACAAUCAUAGUCAUUCACGGGCAGAGAAAAGAAGAGAUUCAAAUGCAUCGUCAACUUCGAUAGAAAAACGUUUAGCUAUAGAAAAAAUUUCACCAAACGUUCCUGAAUCGCGACCCGCUUCUGCAAAUUCAGGACCAAUUAUUGCCGCUACCAGCGUGCCAUCCACACCCACUGCAAUUGCAAAUUCUGUUGGCUCUGUAAGUUAUAACCUCGGUCAUAUAGGAGCUGGUGGAAAUGCCAUAGCAGCUGCAGCAUCUCAAGCAAUUGCUGCGACGCAGCAAAUGCAACAAGGUAGACGUACUGCCAGUUUGAAAGCUAGUUACGAAGCUAUCAACACUGGUGGCGUACACGCUGCCGAGUUUAGUAGGGAACUAGCUGGCGCUGCUCAAACCGCUAUCGCAGCUAUACAAGAAACAACUAAAAAGCAUAAAAAGUAUGGAUUUCCCACGAUCAAGAAAGUAACGACCGCAGUUCCAAGUUCGAGCGUAGUUGCAGCGUCUGUUCAACAACCAGUAUCGCCGCCAGUUAUAACUACGAAUACACAAGUAGUGGAUUCGGAUAAUCCAGAUUGGACGUAUGAUCCAAACGAACCAAGAUAUUGUAUAUGCAACCAAGUAUCUUAUGGAGAUAUGGUUGCAUGUGACAAUUCAGAUUGUCCAUUCGAAUGGUUUCACUAUCCAUGUGUGGGUAUCACUGCACCGCCAAAAGGCAAGUGGUACUGUCCUCAAUGUACAUCUUCUAUGAAGAGACGCGGAGGUCGGAAAAACUGA